CGAUGGGGUCGGCCCAUCGGGCUCGUUGUUCAUUUUUUCUUUCUGUUUUAAGAAGGGGAGAAACUCCUUGGAAUGCGUCUGCUGGGGUGUAAUACUAAUAGGGUUAACCUUAGUUAGCAAGGCCAAGGUAUUUGGAAAUAUCUAAACUACGAAAGAGCCAUAAAGCAUGUCGUCCUCGGAUGAGAAGUGUGUGUGCGUGAUUGUGUUGGGUGGGGUAGUGGUGGUCGGGGGCCUCCUGGUCAUUCUCUUACCCAUGAGCUUCAGCGGACUGGAAUAUUACGAGUAUGGCUUUGCUAAACAGAAAAGCACUGGGAGUGUAAGCGUGGAUGCAGUUUACUCGGUUGGGAAACACUUUCUAGGGCCUGACUAUGAAUUUAAAGUGUUCCAGGCAGAUGCACAUCAUUUAACACUGAGCAGGAUCAAAGCUUUUACAUCGGACAGAUUGGAGGUGCAAGUGACUGUUUAUCUCCAGUAUUUCUUACGAAAAUCUGACCUUCCAGCUUUACAUAAACGUUUUGAUUUGUAUUACGAGGAUGUCAUGAAGAACAGUGCAGUAGAUGCUGUGAAGGGGGCUAUUACUAUUUACACCACAAGGGAACUGAUUUCAGAAAGGGUCAAAGUGGAGGAAGAUUUGUAUAAAGCUGUCAGAGAGCGCCUUGGAGGGACCUGUUGUCAAAGCAACUGCAAGGCCUGGAAGUUUGCAUGCAGUCCUGGGUGUAAAAGAAAGGAACUGUGCACAGAGAAUGAUAAAGGAGUGUUUGCCGAUGUAAGGUACUUCCAAAUGGGACAGGUCUAUAUUCCAUCCGAUGUAGAGGAACGAUUUCUGAGACAGCUAACAUUGAAGGAAGACUCGGAAAGAGAGAAAUUGCUUCAAAAAGCUCAAGUGGAGAGAAAAAUAACCUCCUCACAGGUUCAGAAGAUAAAGAAUGUAGCCCAGGAGGUGAGGGAGGAGGCCCAGGCUCAGUCCAACCUGAUAAAGGUCACCUCUAGUGCCAACUACACUGUCACCAUCGAAAGCGCCCGCGGUCAGGGCCUGACAACUCUCUACAGAGAACUUCGCAUCACCAACCAGAUUCACAAAAACAGCUUCGACUACCUACGCACCCUCAGAGGCCUAGACAAUGUCUGGCUAACUGUGGACUUCGACCAAAGGAUCGCUGGGUCUUUUGGAAAGAAUUAAUUUCUUUAAUUGAUUUGCGUGUAUGUUAGUUUUUCUUUUUUUAUAUCCUUUAUUUUUAUGUACUGUAGUUUUUUUUAUCCUUUUGACAAACAUUUUUUACAGGUAGAAAGAACCAAGGUGAUAGACACACCAUACGUUUGUUCCGUUGAUUUCUGUCAUGCUUUACUCCUCUGUGGAAUCAGUUUGAAUUCAUGGGACCUAAUUUUCAUAGAGUGCCAAUAUUUAAUAUGGAUGUGGUUUCUGUUUAUUAUGUCUCCCCUUCCCAGAAGAGGGACAUUGUGGAAGUUCUUCUUCUGCCUCUCAUGCAUUUUUUCUUUUUGACAUAGACCUUUGAUAUUUGGUAUGUGGGUAUACCAUGAUAAGACAGUGUGUCAUGUGCCAUUUUUGAUGACUUUGACCUUUUAUGUAAAGGUCAAAUAACUUGUCUUUUGAUAUAGGCCUUUGAUAUUUGGUAUGUUGAUAUACCAUAAGAGUGUCGCGUGCCAUUUCUGAUGACCUUUGACCUUGACCGUUUAUGUGAAGGUCAAAUAAUAGAAUUUUUGAGCUUUUUUUUGUUUUUUGUCAGGACCAUAACUUUUUUCUCUUUUGACAUAGGCCUUUGAUAAUUUGGGAAUGUGGGUACACCAUAAGACAGUAUGUCAUGGGCCAUUUUUUGAUGACCUUUAAUGUAAAGGUCAAAUAAUAGAAUUAAAAAUGGGUCACUGUUGUCUACAUUCAACACUGUGCCUUGAUGAAAGCACAUAUACAUAUAGGUGACUGUUAUCUACGGUUAACUCUUAAUUCUCCACUUUAAAGAUUAUCCCUAAAAUGUUUUUAAAACUGUGAUAAAUGGAAGGGGAGACAUCAGUUUUAGUGUGCCAAAACAAUUCUUCCUAGUUAUUUCAUGUUUAUGGGAUAGGGUAAUCUCGGCUGAGAUUCGGUUUGGCUGAAUAUUUGGACUUGACGCCUUCACUCACGAAGGCGUCGGUCCAAAUAUUCAGCCGAGAUUAGGGAUAGCGGUAUCUGGAAAUUUAGCCUCCAGGAAAUAUAAUGAUUCCACAGUAUGAUUAUUUGCACAAACCAUUUUAAGUACCUACAUGUAACACACAUAUAUAUAUAUAUAUAUAUAUAUAUAUAUAUAUAUAUAUAUGUAUAUUUACUCACAUUUGUAAACGAGUUAUUGGUUUAGCAGAGAAUUUUAAACUUCCAUCAAUAUUUGAAAGUAUUCAAUUUAACAUUUGAAUGCAAAUGUUAUCUAACAAAUUCUACCAUUCAAUUUACUGUAAAGAUGUUUCUGAUUAGUGCAGCUUGAAAUUGUCAUCUGUGAUCAGGACUCAUUCAGGGAUAUGUAAAUAGUUAUGAAGGGUAAACUUGCUCUGCCUUAAAUACAACUUAACACUGGAUUUACAAUAUACUUUUCACCUCAGAUUACCUUUACUGAUUGAAAGUUGUCUUGUUGUCAACAUUUUGAUGUAUUUUCCAGAACUAUUACAUUUAUUUGUAACAGAACUCAUGUUUGAAAAUAUUCUCUACAACCAAUUGUCCAAAUCAAGUCAAACUUAAUAUGAGCAAGAUGAGACCACAACACAGUACAUGUCCAGAAGUCUACCCAGGAAAUACACACAAGCCCAGAACUCAUUCCAGCACAUCACCCGCCCAUUGUUGGUCAAAAUAGGGAUAAAAAUCCUUGACUCAUUUUCUGCUCUCAAGCAAAGAAGCUGCACAGUUUGGAAUUGAUAACCAUGUACAAGCUUUGGUUUGUAGUGAAGGUUCUGAUGUAGUUUGAACAUGGCGCUUGGUUCAGAAUGGCACCAAAAGUAAAGCAUCUUGGGCUGGCUGAAGAACGCAUCCCUCCCCCUAAUUUUGGAGAAAUAAUGAAAAAUUUAAUCCAAAGGUAUGUAUUGCCCCCUUCAUUCACUUCCUGGAGACUUGUGAGGUGGGCAGUGUGAUCCACGGAUCUCAUUCAUGUAAUGUACGAGUUGUUUUUAUUUGCUGCUAUUUAUUGAUUGGAUCUAUAUCACUAGUCCCAUUAUCAUGACUUAUACAGCUUACAGAUCCAGACUUUGAAAUCCUUCUCUUAACGUUUGCUUUUCUUACUCCUAAUUUUAAAACCAUGUGUGUAGGUCUUUGAUCUGUAAGUAUGGAGAGAGAGAGUAGUUACUAAAUCGCUGUACAUAACAUGUAACUUGUGUGCGCUAUUUAGUUUGUGUUUCACAAGAAGCAUGUGAAUUUAGAUAUCUUAGUAUGUAGGUUUUUUAAUGAAAAAGAGCACAUACAUGUACCUCAUAAUGUAAUGAAAACAGGUAGCAUGUGCAGGAAUGUGAACUCAGAUAUGUAAAGCUGUAUAAUGUUUAAAACAUAUUUCUUUUAAUUAACAUGGGGGGAAAUAUUCAAUGCAAUAAUUAUAUAUAUGUCAAAUUUUGUAAGUGCCUUAUAUAAGACAUAUAGAAGAUAUGCAUGCUAUCCAAUAAUUACAUACUCCUCAAGGCUAUAGAUGACUCUAUUGUAUAAUAAUGUAAUCAACAUGAAGGUUGCUAAAGAUUUUGUUUAUUUUGAAAAAAAGUAUUUUAUUUAAAGUUAUCAUGGGCAUGUGAAAACAAUGACCAUCUAAAGCUUGAUGAUUUUGUCUUUAUGGUCUGUUAAACAUUAUCUGUUAUACUGUAAGAUACAAUGCAAAUAUUAAGUUUUCUAAGGAAAUCAUAUUGCAAGCAAAUGCAAAAUUGCUUAUACAGUCAUGGUUGUAAAUAAGUAAAUGCAGUCCCAGUGCUUUUAGAUUUGUGACUUUUGUUGUACAAAUACUAGUAUGUUAUAUGGAUUGAAGAGAAAUCUUAUUAAAAUGUUGAAAGGUUGACAUUAAAAGAUAUUAUAGCGAUUCUGUCAGAGAUCUCUCUUAAUUACAGCAUAAUCUCAUGCAAGAGAAUAUAACUCGCCGCUCUGAAUUGUAUUUGUGCAAUAUUUUAUACAAAGAGUCAUUUUCCCAUGUAUAUGUAUAAAUGUUCCAAAUAAAUAGGUUUAAUAAAAUUUUACUUUUAGAC